GGGUUUCGACAGUUAUCGUGUUCGCUGUGAUUUCUUAUGGUUAUCUCUUUUCAAAUGUUGCCUUCCUUGAAAUAUACACUGGCACGUGCGUGAGAGAUGAAUAGAAACUAAAAGUUUAAACCUAGAAAGCAAGCACUUAAAGAUCGUAUGAUUUUCGUAGUAUCGUUCUAGCCUAGCUGUAUUCGUUCCGAAGUCUCACGCUCAAGUCUAAACAUGCCACCGCCCCUCGCUGUGAUUGGCUGAGCUAGGACUAAAUGAUGUCAUCUUUCUUAUUGAAAGGGCACGUACAAUCUAACAGGCGAUUAGACUGAGAAGAUUUGUUACGGUAGUUAUUCGUACAAUUACAAAGUUAAUUUAAUUCAAAUUGACUUAUUCGACACAACGGACUGUUUUAUUGAACAUUGUGGGAAGUUUUCGGAUCUAGAAAACUACCACGAUCCCCCCGCCCCGCCAUCCCUCGCCAAUGAUUUUUGACGAUGGCGGAUAGACACGUCAGCAGGCGGCUUGACGAGCACGUUGCUCAUAACAUUACAUCUCACACAGGGGACCGGCCAGCCCACCAACACAACCCCCACAGCGAACUUGACCGUGAUCCCCAACAUGACCCUGAACAGGCAGCUACUUUAUUCCCCCGCGAUGGGUCCUCGGGAGGUUUUGAACCUGACAACAACGUCUACCCACCGAGUGAAAGCGGAACACGCAGUCCGUACUGCAGGGGUCACUCUGCUCACAGUCCGUGUAAAAGUGGACGUUCCGCCCAAGCCCCGCUCAGCGACUCCGGCACAACACAAGGUUCCGUUAGCGGCGGGCCGGACUCCCAGGGCACCACCGCCCCUCCUUCAGAAGGGAUUCAGCUGACGGACCCGUCUACCGGCCUCUCUGUUCCGGUGAGGGACUCGUGCAGCUCUCCGUCCUCUGUCUCCUCCCUCCAGCCGGGUUCGGCGCAUCGCGACAGCGGCUACAGCACUGAGGUCUCUCCCGCCAACACCUGCUCUCCGGCCAACACGGCCACGCCCCCACGCCCUCGAUACUUCCUUUUCGCUGACAACGAUACCACCCAGGCGGGCUCUGAAGGUCGCGGGGAGGGUCAAGACUGUCAAGAUAUUUCCCGUUCGGGUUCCAGCCAGGUCGAACAGUUUGCAGAACUAACCGAGGCCUCUCUAGCGUCAGCGACGGUGUCAAGUGCGCUAGACGAACUGCCAGGGCAGCAGAGAAAGUCUUUGUACGAGAGAAGAUUAAGUCAGAGAGUGAGACAUCCGGCGGCCCCCUUAAGACUGUCCCCUGAUAUAUUUCGCCGAGCGAGUACCCCAGAGUCAACUCCGCGGGCUCUGGCUAACCACGAUGACGUCACGCGGUUAGAAGAGUCAGCUGAUAGGUCAUACCUCGAACGUGUGCAAUUUGACUUCAAUAGCGAUGAUGAUGAUGAGGAGGAGGAGGAGGAGGAGGAUGACAAUGAGCCGACCAGUGGGGAGACUGAUGGGAAGAGGAGUUCCUCGCCUCGCGCCGGGCACGGUUUAUUAAGGCAGCGAACCCUUAGCGUGGUCGGGACUUUCGAUUCUUCUGGAAACUUUAUAGGCAGGCAGUCGUCCAGUAACGACAGCGGCGAUAAUGACGGUGGUGACGACGACGACGAAGAAGUGUUUUACACCACUGGUGUGUUGGGUCAGCAAACGAAUCGGAUGUUCCGAAAGGACAGCUUCUCUCUCCGGACUCGACGGUUUUGUUCCGACGGCGACAAUGGGGAGUCUGCAAUGGGUGACAACGCCCCCUCCAGACGUCGUGGAGGAGAGGGUGACCAUCAUUUUUUGAGCGAGGAUGUCCGCCAAACAUUCCACAACGAGGGUGCUACUUCUGGUACAAGUCCCGGGCGUCUCCUCGCUUCUUACGGCUUAAGGAGAAGAGACGAAGGGUAUUCCCCCGAACGAAAAAAACGUACUGACGUCAGAAACAGUGGUCACGUGACUGACUCUUCUAGAGGCAGUUCUCCCACGGCAAUGCUGAUGACGCAGAACUUCAGAACCGACCCGGCUCUUAGUAGCAGUCAAGGGUUUGAGUUUGAGCCCGAGCCGCGUCACGACGAGGCGAUAGCAGAUGAUGAGAACCGGCCUGACGUCUGCUGUGAAGCUGACGAGGAUGUGUUCACCUUUGACCUCGACGACAACGCGGACAGUAUUGGCGGAGCGACAGGGGGUGUCUUGCCUCGCUAUGUCUCAUCCCCGAGCGGAAGGGGGCGGCCAGGAGGAUCCCGUAUGUCCCCGAGAGGACCCGGACGAUCUCCCACCUACCACGAGAGACACGGGCGUCAAACUUCCAGGGCGUCCCCGACUGGGCUUGUAGUGACGUCUUCCUCGUCCCCCCUGUCCGCUGCGCUGUGUGAGCACCGCCCCCCUCAGAGCCCCGCCUCCCGUUUGAGAAUACGUCGGACUGGUCAGCCGCUGCCCGUUCCGCUCAUGGACAAUGUCCGGCUGGCCGGUGUGAGCGGCAGUGUGACCGUCUCUGUGUCCACGCAGACGCCGCAUCAGGCUUCCAUGCUCAUCCGCCAGAUCUUGACCACACCAGUGGCGCUUCCCAACGAAGCUAGAGGGAGCCCCGUGCACGAGGAACAUGGCUACUCCAACUCCUUCCCGGGGAUGCGCCCGUCCUAUCUGAGAAACCCAAUAACCCAUUUACGGGCGAUCAUGCGGGGAACCUUCGGUAGGUCUCGGGAAUCUUCGGUGGAUCUGACGGACGAAUCAGAGGACAGACCGCCAUGACUGCGACAUCUGGAGAAUGAAGGCCAAUGAAGUUUUGUUAUAAUAAUUCUGUUAAUUGAUCAAUCCAUAGUCAGCCCGGACGAUUUGAGGAAUCCUCGGUGAAACUCGCUUAAUUUGAUGUAAUUAAAAUGCAUUUUCAUCACUGUGGUUUACAUUCUAGUCGCGGUCAUCAAUCAAAGUUCGUUUAACAUCCGAGUUUGGACUGUCUGUCUGCAGUCUGCCAUGUGUUCACACUUGCAGUCCUCUGCACCCCAACACUUUAC